AUGCUCAUAAAUAAAUUAUCUGAUCAUCCAAACUCAUAAAGUGGAUCAUUUGUCCAUUUGUCUCCGUAAGCUUAUGAGGCCUUAUAAACUUUAGAGUAAAUUAAAAAGAAUAAUAUGCUUCAGCAGAAUUCUUAAAUCGUUAGAAGAGUUUCAUCACAAUAUAUUCAAUAAACUCAAAAUAAUUAUUAACAUUCAUCCAAUUAAGUAUUAGCUUCCCCAAUUCAGCCAAGAAAAGAGUUUUAAACUAAUUCAUCAUUAUCAUUCAUUAAAGGAGCUUUAUAAUCAAAUCGCACUAAUAAAUAAGAAACAGAGGGAAGUCAUAAACCUAGUUCUUAAACAGAGAGAUAGAUUAGUUAAUAAUAAACUUUGGGUAAAUCAGAUGAACCUACUCCAUUUUUUAGAGACACUUUAUCAAGUGAUCGUAAUAAAUGCAAUUAGACUAGUUUAAGCUAAUAUUUGGCUAAACAUCAAUUUUAAUAACAAUAUAAAUAUAUCAAUGAAGAAUUAUAAGCAUUUAAAUAAUAGGUUGAAAAUGAUGUAUUGAUUGAAACUGUUAUUACAAAAUUUGAAUCACCAAAAGAUAUUUCUAAAAAUAGUCAGUUGUUUUUAGAUCAAUCAUAAAAGGAGAAUUAGUCUCCUACAACUAAAUUAAUGAUGAAAAAGAAAUUGAUCUUAAAUCAGAUCCUCUCUCUCGAUAAUCAGAUUAAGAUCAUGGAAGAUGAAGAGGCUAAAAUUGCUCUUGAUCCUUAAAAAUCAAAAUUGAAAUAAAAUACUAAUUAAUCCUCUUAAAAUAAUUAAAUUGUUGAAAGUCUUUAUGAAAGAGCAUAAAAAAAGAAUUCAAAUUUUAAAAAACUUUUUGAAGAAACAUUAAUUAAUAAAAAUUAAGAAGAAAUGAGAGAAUGUACAUUUAUUCCAAAAAUAAAUAAAUAAAAUAUAUCUGGUAAUUUUAUGGAACGAUUGGAUGAUUGGGUCAAGAGGAAAAAUCAAAAGAUAACUUAAUAACAAGAAUAAAGUUAAGAAAGAAUAAUGAAAGAGUGUACGUUUAGUCCUUUAAAUAAACAUUUAUCUAAGACUAAUCUUAAUCAUACAGCAGUAUAUUACAGAAAUCAAGAAUGGUAAAAUAGAUUAAAUUUAAAAAAAUAAAAAUUAAAAGCUUAAAAUUCACUUAUUUAAAUUAGUGCUAAAAAGGAAUAGAAUACUCCAAAAAAAAUAAAAUAAAGAUCUAGUUCUUCAUAAUAUUAAAUUGAUCUUGCUAAAAUAUUAUAAUCAACAAAUUCAUAAAAUACAACAAAAAGAUUAAAGAAUUAAUCUCCAUUCCAUACUGAAAUUCACAUUCUUAAUGCAUAAAAUAAAAAAAUUGAAAAUAUAGAUAUGAAGUAUUUACAAUUAUGUGAUAUAGCUAAUAGAAUUAAAGCCAAAUCUAAAUAUUGA